AUGUCAAAGGUUGUAAGAUCAUCAAAGUAUCGUCACGUUUUUGGAACUCAAGCCAAGAAGGAAGAAUGUUUCCAAAACCUCAAGGUGACUAGAUCAGCUUGGGAUUCCAACUACAUUGCAGCCAAUACCAAAUACUUUGCUGUCAUAUGGGAAGCUGGAGGUGGUGGUUCCUUUGCAGUCCUCCCACAAGAGCACUCUGGAAAGAACCCAGCCAACAUUCCAUUGUUUGCUGGUCACAAAAACCCAGUCUUGGAUGUUGCUUUCCAUCCAUUCAACGAAAAUUUGGUGUGUUCAGUCUCUGAAGAUUGCAACGUCAUGAUCUGGGGUAUCCCAGAAGGCGGUCUCACUGCCAACAUCACCGAGCCACUCCAAACCCUCACCGGUCACAAGCGUAAGGUCGGCACAGCCAUUUUCAAUCCAGUCGCCAACAACGUCCUCGCCACCUCGUCUGGUGACUUUUCGGUCAAGACCUGGGAUGUCGAACAAGGCAGCCAACUCUCUUCAAUCGACGGCAAGCACUCUGAGAUUAUCCUCUCGGUCGAAUGGAACUACAACGGUUCGCAAGUCGUCACCACCUGCAAGGACAAGAAGGUCCGUGUCUUUGACCCACGUUCCAACGACGUCUCUGUCGAGGCCGUCUGCCAUCAAGGUGUCAAGAACACCCGUGGUAUCUUUGUCAAGGACAACAUCUUGACCACCGGUUUCUCCAAGACCUCUGAGCGUGAGUUCAAGAUCUGGGAUCCACGUAACAUUGCCGAGCCCAUCACCGCCACCGUCGUCGAUACCGCCUCUGGUCUCUUGAUGCCAUUCUACGACCAAGACAACAGCAUCCUCUACAUGGUCGGCAAGGGUGACGGUAACAUCCGUUACUACGAAAUGGUCGAUGAAGCUCCAUACUUCCAUUUCCUCUCCGAGUUCAAGUCUGCCACCCCACAACGUGGUGUCUGCUUCCUCCCCAAGAGAGCCCUCAACGUCUCUGAAUGCGAAAUCGCCCGUGCCCUCAAGGUCACCACCAACGGUGUCGAGCCAAUCUCGUUCCGUGCCCCACGUAGAUCCGACAUCUUCCAAGACGAUCUCUUCCCAGACACCUACGCCGGUGAAGCCGUCCUCGAAGCCUCCCAAUGGGCUGCUGGCCAAAACGCCGAGCCAAAGACCAUGUCCCUCGCCCCAGGUUUCACCCAAAAGAAGGUCGUCCAAGAUUUCAAGCCAGUCGUUCAAAAGGUCGAAGGUCCAAAGAACGAAAAGGAAUUGCGUGAAGAAUACGAAAAGCUCAAGACUCGUGUCGCCUAUCUCGAAUCUGAAAUCGUAAAGAAGGAUGCCAAAAUCGCUGAACUUACAAAAUAA